ACUGUUUGUUGGAGCUCCUAGAAGCAAACAGCAAUUUGACUUCCAGCCUGCGGAGCUGCCUGUGGGCUAGGUGUACACUCCUAACAUUAGUUGGAUCGGUGAAUGUUGGCAGCGUCUCAGAUAAUGAUUGGCUGCUUCUGACUGAUUUGUUAUUUAUGGAAAACAAAGUCGAAAAGAAAUGAGGUGUAGUUUCAGAUGUUUUAGUUGACGAUCAAGCAGUCGAUGCGUCUGCACGGCUUUUAGGCUACUUGCAGGGUGAAGAUCACUACGGGAGCAACGACAGAAUUCGGAAAGAACCAGUGCCCGUGAUCGCUUUGUAUUUGUCUUCUUGUCCCUUCUAGUUGUCGAGCAGUUCUUUUGGUAAGGUUCUUUCGGUUUUUGCCUCCAUACAAGGUAUAUGCCUGGAAUAUACCUAAAUAAUAUCCGUACUAUUCCAUGAUAUGGAGCCGAAUAAAAGUUGCUUCUGUCACAGUAGCUAGCAAUUCAAGGAGGACUGCAGCGGCCAUGUUGCCUGUCCUGGUGGUUCACGGAGGAGCAGGUGAUGUCCCAACGCAGCGCGCCGAGCUCUCCUGUGCGGGGGUGCGGGAGGCGGCCCGGGCCGGUUACGCCCUGCUGCGGUCGGGCCGGAGCGCAAUGGACGCUGUGGUGGAGGCGGUGACGCUGCUGGAGAACAACCCUGCCUUCAAUGCAGGAUGCGGCUCCGUGCUGAACGAGCACGGCGGCGUGGAGAUGGACGCGCUGGUGAUGGACGGGCGCACGCUGGCCAGCGGGGCCGUGUCGGCGGUGAGGAGGAUCGCCAACCCCGUGCAGCUGGCCCGCCUGGUGAUGGAGAAGACGCAGCACCUGUGCCUGACUGCGGAAGGGGCCUCUAAGUUUGCCCGGGCCGUCGGCGUGCCGGAGGUCCCGGAGGAGACACUGAUCACCGACUACGCCCGCAAGCGCUGGCAGCGGAACCUCCAGCCCGGCUCCAACCCGGUGGAGUGCCAGAUGGGGAAGAUGGGCACAGUGGGCGCUGUGGCGGUCGAUUCGGAAGGGAACGUGGCCUGUGCCACCUCCACGGGGGGCAUGCUUAAUAAGAUGGAGGGGCGUGUGGGUGACACCCCCUGUGUUGGGUGUGGAGGCUACGCGGAUAACCUGCUGGGAGCAGUGUCACCCACGGGUCACGGGGAGGCCAUCAUGAAGGUCACACUGUCCAGACUGAUCCUCUUCUACAUGGAGCAAGGGAAGACGGCUGCAGACGCGUCGGACCAGGCCCUGGCCUACAUGUGGGAGCGGGUGCAGGGGCUGGCCGGGGUGGUGGUGGUGGACCCCCGAGGCGGGUGGGCGGCCCGCUUCAACAGCCUGCAGAUGGCGUGGGCCGCCGCCCAGAGCGGGCAGCUGCACUACGGCCUGGGCAAAGGAGAGGACUUCACCCUGCCCCUGCAGGACCAGCCUGCAGCCGCCACCCACAACCUGGAGCAGCAGCAUGCAGCCAGCACCCACAACCUGGAGCAGCAGCAUGCAGCCAGCACCCACAACCUGGAGCAGCAGUGACAGCACACACCUGUACAUACACACAGACACGCACACACAGUCACACACAGACACGCACACAGUCACACACACACACAUACCCACACACACACACACACACACUCCCAGAACAGCGCAAACACACACAGUCUCACACACACACACACCCACAUACACAUACACACACACACACACACACACACUUCUGCUGACAGCCUGAAAUCAGAAGCUCCACACACUCCCAGGAAAUGCACAAAGCGGUCAGUUAUGCUUUUAUACUGAGGUCAGCACCAGUGCCAAAGUGCUUCUAUUCACAGUCCAGUCUCUUAGAUUAGUCAGAGGAUGUUUUCAUUGGUGAAUUCUCAUUGGUUAAUGCCUCUGUGUUAAAGCUGUGGUGUGCUUCGGAGUCCCUAGCAGCCAGACAAUAUGAAACACGGUGAGAACGUUCAUUCAUUUCCUUUAUUAAGCAAAUCAAUGAAUGAAACCUUAGUUUAAGCCCGUUAAAUUGUGAUACACUUUUCACAGGUGGCUCCAGUGCGUUUCCCUUUCAUUCUUGUGUUACAUGCACAGCCUGGACUGAAAGCUAGGCUGCGUUCUGCAAGCACCUGCCGCCAGAGUUUGCCUGAUGCUCUGACGCGUCACUUCCUGUGCUGCGGCUCCUGGGUGUGCUUUCGCACCGCAUGGCAGAACAGACUCAGCUGAGCGCAGUCUGAGCGUGCUCUGUGCCAUGGACUAGCACAGACUCAGCUGAGCACAGUCUGAGCGUGCUUUGUGCCAUGCACUAGCACAGACUCAGCUGAGCGCAGUCUGAGCGUGCUCUGUGUCAUGCACUAGCACAGACUCAGCUGAGCGCAGUCUGAGCGUGCUCUGUGCCGUGCACUAGCACAGACUCAGCUGAGCGCAGUCUGAGCAUGCUCUGUGCCAUGCACUAGCACAGACUCAGCUGAGCGCAGUCUGAGCAUUCUCUGUGCCGUGGACUAGCACAGACUCAGCUGAGCGCAGUCUGAGCGUGCUCUGUGCCAUGCACUAGCACAGACUCAGCUGAGCACAGUCUGAGCGUGCUCUGUGCCAUGCACUAGCACAGACUCAGCUGAGCGCAGUCUGAGCAUUCUCUGUGCCGUGGAAUAGCACAGACUCAGCUGAGCGCAGUCUGAGCAUUCUCUGUGCCGUGGACUAGCACAGACUCAGCUGAGCGCAGUCUGAGCGUGCUCUGUGCCAUGCACUAGCAUUUCAUAACACGCUGGGCCUGUAAUUCAAGUUCAUAUUUACAUUACUGGCAUGAUUACUCUUGAGCUUGUUGUUGCCAAAGCAGUUUGCUUUUGGUGUCAACACAAGCGCCUGUGCUAGGAAUGCUCCCAUAACUGGUGUGCUGGGUCCAACAGGGCUGUGUGCGGACAAGAUGCAGGGCCUUUAGAUCCUCACUGCGUCUGUUCAUUUCCUGCCUGCUGGUUUGUUGUUAAAAUGUGCCCCUCAAAGAACAGAUACAUUCUUUAUAAAUCACACACACAAUUGCUUUCGAGCGAAUUGAGUGCUGAAUGCUUUUUUUUCUUCAAAUGUAACAUUGGAACGCAAGUCCCCGACUGGCUCAUGUGUGUCAUGUGAUUUUGAUUUUUCAGAUUUAAACUUCACUCUUAAGUGGUACCAAAAAACAAACAAAAAGCCCCAAAGAGGUCUGGGAGAUAUGAUGAUAUGGUGACCAAGUCCCCAAGUGAAAGGCAAUCAGGAAUUUACCUGAAUCCACAGACCCAUGUUAUGAAUAGAGCGUGCGUGUGUGUGGUCAGAACAGGUUAAUUAUUAAUAUGGAGUAAUGGUAGCAUAUAUCUUAGUCGUGACAUGGGAACCACUGCUAGUGAUAACGGAUAAACCCAUGUGGGUGGUUGUAAUGCCCCUUUACUGUAAUGUGAUGUAUGGAGCUCUUAUUAGUCCUGUAAAUCAGUUGAAUCUGGCCCUUUGGAUGCACAUUACAGUGUAGUCCGUGUCAGUUUCCUCUGGAACAUUGCUGUGAGUUUUGGCUGACAGGUCCCUUGGACCACUGGGUCUUGCUUGGGUCACGCCCAAUCAUAGCCUUUGUGCUGGAAUGUUGUCAUUUCCUGUGUGCUCCCUAGGGCUGGCCAAUGCAAUCAGCGGCACUGAUGGUACUCUUUCAUUGGCCAGCAGAUGGACAGACAGCACAAGAGGACACCGAUUGGUGGAUUUUUCCACUGUCAAAUAUCUGCUUUAAUUAUCGCCUUUGAGAGACAGACAGGAUGGUUUGAGCUGGCAAACCUGCUUAUAGUCCAUGCAGUAUCACAUUGUGAUUUAUUGGCCUGCUCUGUUUGACUGUAGGAAGGUGGUCUUCUCCUGCAACCAAAUGCUUCCUAAAAUGUGGUAUCAGUCUUUCACAUCGCUGUGGUGGAAUUCUAGCCCACUCUUCUGUGCAGAACUGCUUUAAUUCAGACGAGUUGGUAGGUUUUCCAGCAUGAGCUGCUCGCUUCAGGGCCUGCCAGGAUUUUCCAGGUAUUCAGAUGUGGGCUUUUAACAAUGGCUUUGUGACACUUUCUGGAAUGAUAUAUUUCAAUUUUUUUUUCAUCUUUUCUGGAAUUUCCUUUGAUCGUGGCAUAGUGUGCUGGUUGAAACCUUGUGGUGACUGCUUCACUCUGAUUGUGAAAUUCAAUAUGACUUUAGAUUCAACAGGCCUUGCAGCAAUCAAGCCUGGCUGUGUUCAGUCAGCUCAAUCUCAUUAUCAAUUAAAUUGGGUUGAUUUACUCUGUUUCCCUUUGUCCAAUAUUACAUUUUAUCCUACAGAUAUGAAACCAUUCAGGUGGAUAAAUAUGCAGUAAAAUAUAAAAUCAGGAAGGGGACAAAUGCUUUUUCACACCACUGUAAAAGCCAUGCUGCGAGUCUUAUCUCUAUACAAAUCUUGGAUGUCCUGGUGUCUUCUCUCCUUGAAGUUUUUAUUACUGAAGAACCACAGCGCACCAGAACUACUUGGGGUCAGAGAUCCAGCACGAAUGCCACAAGCAUCAUGGUUCUUUUGAUUUUAAGUUUGAAUGCAAUCUGCGAUAUUUCAUUGAAAUCAUUAAUUGAAAGUUUUUAUGUCUAGCUAAUGGUUGUCGAGGCCUGCUAGUUGAAAUUUUAAUUUUCAGAAGCAGUUCCAGUUUCAAGCAGAACCAACGCUGCGUGAUUUUGGUUUUGUUAUAUGGAACGUUUAUUUUGUGACUGUAUCCUGUCCAUGCCUGUAACUUUCCUUGUUUGUUAAGGUAGUUGAACCUUUGUCUUUAGAUGUUGAUUACUUGUGACUUAAUAAAUGUCCUUGGUUUUAA